GUUCCCACUCGCUGCACCUAUCCUGCCUUUAACCCUGUAAAGAAGCCCUCUGUAGCGACUGUUCCUUCCCCUGUUCCAUCCUCCAGCUCUUCUCUGUCUCCAGCUGCUCCAUUCAUUUGCAGACCUGCGUUUACUUGCAGUGCCCCAGUAGUUAAAACCAGAAAAAAGCGAAAAUUCUUUCCAACCAAUACCAUCCUGCCAGUAUCCAAACCGGUGAGCCUACCGUCUGAGAACCUGCCUUCCGUGGUUCAGCCUGAUGCCUCUCUUCAGCCUGCCAGCAUAAUGAACUGAUCCAGCCUGAUGAUCCUAUUAGGCCAGUUGACUCGAUGCCCGCUGUUGAUCCAGAUGAUCCGGUACCUGA